GCUGCAGUCCGUCGGUCAAGUCGAGUCAGUCAGUCUGUUAUCGCGACCCGGCGCCCGACUACCGUAGCACAGAACAACGCGUAGAUCGUCAGCAAAUAAUAUUUAUUUUACUGUAAUCAUAAUCGUUUCGACGAUUUUCCAUACACACCAAACGAAAUCGUUUUGUAUUUCACGCGCGAAACAAGGCAACAACAAUAACACAACAUCGUCGACUGCGGCGUACACCGUUCCCCUGCGCGCCAGUCGUAAGCAUUACAACUAUAAUAUUUUUACCGACGCUACCACCGUUGCCGCCGCCACAGUCCGUGUACAUUCAACGCCACACGUUUCUUCGAACACACGUAACGACGACGCCGUCGCAGCAGCAGUAGCAGCAACUCUCUCUCCUUUGACACCGAGGAAAUAAAAAUAAUAAUAAUAAUUUAUUCGUAAAUCGCAUUCGAACGAAAGCCCGCCGCCUCGCGGUGCGCUCCACACGCUCAUAAUACUCGCGAUAUCGUCCUCGUCAGAUUAAUGUUCUCGCGGUGAACUCGCGCCGCGUUUGGUAAGCUAUCAAGCCGACCGAUACUGUUGCAGUCCGCGUGGCCACAUACAAAGACCGGCCGCCAUCGACAUGCAUAACAAGAAAGGCAAACUGUGCACUAAACUCACCAGCAGCUUCCUGCGCAAGUGGUGGGUUGUACUUGCUAUAGCCGUAGCCCUAUUGGUCGGUGGCCUUCUAGUGGUAGCGUUUUUUACGGCGGCGGUCGAGUUGGUUAUCGAUGACCAAAUCACACUGCGGCCCGGUUCUCAGACGUUCGAGAUGUGGCGCAAACCACCCGUACGACCUCUGUUAAAAGUAUACGUGUACAAUGUCACCAACGCCGACGAGUUUUUGAACGUGAUCGCGCCGGGUGAGGUGCGCGAGAAGCCGAUCUUGGACGAGUUGGGUCCUUUCGUCUACGUGGAAACGUGGGAAAAAGUCAACUUGACAUUCCAUGACAAUGGCACGCUCACGUACAACCAGCAAAAGGUGUACAGGUUCGAUCCCGAGCAGAGCGUCGGUUCCGAAGACGAUGUCGUCGUGGUACCCAAUAUCCCGAUGUUGUCAGCCACGUCACAGAGCAAACACGCCGCGCGGUUCUUGAGACUGGCCAUGGCCAGCAUUAUGGACAUCCUUAAGGUGAAACCGUUCGUCGAGGUGAGCGUCGGUCAGUUGCUUUGGGGUUACGAGGAUCCACUGUUGAAACUGGCCAAAGACGUGGUGCCCAAGGAACAGAAGCUGCCAUACGAAGAGUUUGGUCUGCUGUAUGGGAAAAAUGGAACUUCACGUGAUAAUAUGACUGUGUUCACUGGAGCUACAGACAUUCGGCUGUUCGCCGCGCUGGACAAGUUCAACGGGCGCACGCAUCUAUCGCACUGGACCACUGAUUCAUGCAACCGUAUGUCUGGUGGAAGCGAUGGUUCCCUUUUCCCUCCUAGGAUCCAACCAGACACUAUUCUACACGUCUUCGACAAGGAUAUGUGCCGGAAACUACCCCUAGUGUUUAAGAAGCAAGUUGAAGCUAAAGGAGGAGUGAAAGCGUACCGAUUCGGACCUGAUCACCGAGCCUUUGCCGACCCUGACCAUGAGCCCGAGAAUCGAUGCUACUGUCCUUCAUUGAGCAGUUCUAAUGGAAACAGUACCUCUGGCACCAGCAGCUCAACCACUGCAAUGCCUAUGGUGUCAACUAAAAUGAAUGCGCCACAAUGCGCGCCUCAUGGCACAUUCAAUGUGAGCUUGUGUCAAUAUGACUCUCCGGUGCUGCUGUCUUUCCCUCACUUUUACAUGGGUGAUCCACGACUCCGGGAAGCCGUUCACGGAAUGGAUGAGCCAGAUGCUGACCGCCACGAGUUUUACAUUGACGUGCAACCUGAAAUGGGAGUGGCUAUGCGUGCCAGAGCACGUGUGCAAAUUAAUCUAGCCGUAAGUCAAGUAGUUGACAUCAAACAAGUGGCCACAUUCCCCGACAUUGUAUUUCCGAUCAUGUGGUUCGAAGAGGGCAUCGACGAGUUGCCCGACAACGUGAUCCAACUGCUCAAGCUAGCCACACAGACGCCUCCCGUUGCCAAAGCUGCACUGCAGUACGCGUUGUUCGUCUCGGGAGCUGUUCUGUUACUGUUGGCUCUCGGGUGUUUGGUGCGAAACUCGCACCGGCAAGAGACCAUGUCCCUCGAAGGGACAGCACACUACAGCCAGGACGAAAAGAAAAAGCCCAAGAAGACGAUACCACCCGCGCCCAUGAGCACCACGGUGUUGUCCAACGGUAAUGGAACCGCGGCCAAGGCCAACGCCGGCUACGUGGCCGAUGACGAAUAGUUUCGGCAGAUACCACUAGACGGAGAAACUGAAAACCCAUCGCUAGGGUGCCACCCACGUAGUCGUGCCGCCGCUCUAGAUAAUGCGAAAUCUAUUGCGAAUUGUAUAUAAAAUAAUAAUGAUACAAUAUUAUAAUGUAUAUGAUUUGAUGA